UUGUGAUUCCGCUCGCUCGAUGGCGAGGAGAAGAUGGAGCAGUGAGUGAGUAAGUUGUCCAUCGCUAGUUUUCCUCCUAGUACCAUGCAGAGUGCUACGAUAUCUUUCCCUCAGGUGUGCAGAGUGCCAGAUCUUCAGACCUGGGCGAGAUGCCCUCAAAGAAUUAGAAACUCACCAGUUUCGGACUGUAGAUCACGUCGAGUGUCGUGGAUAAAUGUCGAACGGGAUGCGUCGUGGACUGGAAUGACGAGUCCCUUUCGUCGAAAUUGGCAACAAAUUUCUCAGCCAGAGCAGAAGCAGACAGGACAAGAGAAUCCACGGGGAGAUGGUCUGGAAUUCUCAGACGGUGUGUACCAUCAGCCGAGUUCAGUCUCUAGAAGUUGUCCAUCCUUUGCACAUGCAAGGCGACGAUGCUCGCGGAGUACAGUAAAGAGUAGAAUUUGCGCCGAACGGAGCUCGAGGUCGAAAUUUUGCGGCCCUCAAUCUCUGCACUCUGUCUCAGGCUACAGCUGCAGAAAGAAGGGCGCCGAUGUGGCCGGAGCGUGUACUCAGAGGCAGAGAUGGAGCGGCGACCUGCAACGCUCCUCGUUUGAAAUUCAGAAUCACCCGCUCUCGAGAACGCAACGCUCAACCAAAGGCCGUGCGUUACAAACGCGGGUGAGCACUUCAGGAGGAGAAGCGAGCACUUGCGAAGUGAAACCGGCACGCAGAGUCUCCAUUCACCAGAAAAGAUCAUUGCAACAUCUGUGUGGCUGUUGUUCGUCAUCAGACGACCACAAUGAAACCAAAUCCCCUGAUGCUGCUGUUAUUGUGGAGGAAGAGAGUGUCGACAAUGUUGGGGUGCAAGUGGCUCUAGCUGUUUUACGAUUCUACAAGAGGGAGCUUUCACCAUACAUCCCCGCCAGCUGUCGCUAUGUACCGACAUGCAGUGAGUAUGCGCAGCAAGCUUACAGAAAGUAUGGAUUUGCCAAGGGUUCUGUUCUUACCGCCUGGCGUCUUGCUCGCUGCAAUCCUUUGGGUUCGUCAGGUUUCGAUCCUCCAAGGUGGUUUGGUGAAGAAAAGCCGCCUCAGGUUUGAGUAGUGAUAGGUUACUGAAACUCUUCGUACAUCAGGUGACAACUGUCAUUCUGAAACAAUGCGAAGUGUUCGGCUGAUACUUACUGUUUCUUAGCCAAAUUCAGUAUACAACUCUGAUGAGCAGACCUGAAACUAGAAUUCGUGGCAAACAUAUGAUAGCAAGCAUAAGUUACAUGAAACAUAUGAGAUGUUUCAGGUCUCACGGCUGCAGGAAGGUGUAGUUGUGACAAGCGACAGUCUAGCACAUUAUUCGUGUGUUUUUUGGUGUAGCCAAGCACCAGUAUCGCGUCUUCGAACAUGGCACGUGCUUGUUAACAUUGUAUUCCAUAUACCUUUGGGCAUGGGAAAUAUGAUAAAACACAGCUGUUUAUAUGGAUCUGGAAUAAAAGCUGUCAUUCUGUGUUUUAUACUGAAGCGUAAUACACACAAAGAUGCUGUUGACCUGCAGCAAAGCUGUGAAGAACAUGCACGUGAUCUGCAGAGAAGAUGUGAAGAACAUUAACAC